CAUGUUUUCAGGAAGUGUACACAAAUAUGAUAGAAUUGUUGCCAGCCCUUGCUGUGUUAGUAGCUGUAUUCCUCAUUCUUCAUUCCCGAAACAGUCAGAGCAAAACCAAAGUUGGUGUUAUUGUCCUUGGUGAUAUUGGACGAAGCCCUCGUAUGAAGGAGCAUUGCCUUUCCUUAGCCAAAGAAGGCUUUGACGUGGACUAUAUUGCAGAGAAGGGGAGUGAGAUUCAUCCAAACCUGGUAACAAAUAAAAGGAUUUCCAUCCAUCUCAUGAAUCCUUACUGCAUUUCCCUUCCAAGAGUAUUGAACCUCAUUGUAAAACCUAUUUUCCAAUCUAUAGUUUUGUUUACAAUGUGCUGCCGACAUUUCUGGGCCUGUAGCACUAUUUUGAUGCAGAACCCUCCUACAAUCCCUGUCAUGGCAGUUGUUUGGCUUGUUUCUAGAAUUUAUAAUGCUAAGAUGGUUAUAGACUGGCAUAACUAUGGCUACACAAUCUUACAACUUGGUCUGAGUUCUGAUAGCACCCUUGUUAACAUUGCAAAGAAGAUUGAAAGAAUCUUUGGAAGGUUGGCAGAUGACAACUUCUGUGUCACUAAUGCUAUGUCACUUGACUUGAAUGACAGCUGGCACAUCAAAGCCUACUCCCUUCAUGAUAGGCCCUCGGUUCUAACCUCUCUAACCCCAAGACAGAGACAUAACCUCUUUAACACCCUAAAAUUAAAAUAUCCUGUUUUUGGGUGUAGUUCUAGAGCAGAUGAUGACAGUAUUACUGCUCUCUCAAGAGAUGAAGAUGGCAAGAUAAGAAGAGUGGAUGGGCGGCCCGCUCUGAUAAUUAGCUCUACAAGUUGGACUCCUGAUGAAGAUUUUUCAGUGCUUCUUGCAGCUCUGGUCAAAUACGACCAAGAGUGGACUGCAGACCACCCUGACAUGAUAUGUGCUAUCACAGGAAAUGGACCACAAAAGAGUUACUAUCAAAGCAAGAUAGCAGAACUUAAUAUGUCUCACGUGAAAAUUGUAACGUGUUGGCUUGAACCAGAGGACUACCCCAAACUACUUGCUGCUUCUGAUUUGGGCGUGUCCCUUCAUUUCAGCUCUUCAGGCCUCGACCUGCCCAUGAAGGUUGUAGACAUGUUUGCUGCUGGUAUUCCUGUUUGUGCCAGGAACUUUAAGUGUCUAAAAGAGCUGGUGAUACACGGAAAGAAUGGAUGUGUCUUUGAAGACAGUGAUCACUUAGGUAGACAGUUACUGCAGAUAUUCAAAAAGUUUGGGUCAAAAGAAAACAGGCAUCUCAGUAUUUUAAAGAGUGGAGUUGAACAUUUUAGGAAGUUGCCAUGGCAUUAUCACUGGAGGCAUGUUGCUCUGCCAGUGUUUGAUGACGAGUAUGUGUUUCAAGAUUAUGGGAGUGAGGAAGAGGACAAAAUUCCGCAUGGUCUUUCUGACUUUGGUAUUCCUGGCUCUGGUCUCCCUGGAUCUGGAAUUCCUAGGAACAUGAUUUGAACAGCGACUGGAUAAAGGAGAAGAUGACUAGAAUUUAGCAGGGAAAUUAUUGUAUUGUUCUUUGAGUUCCGUGGUUUGUCUUUAAUUUUGUCGUUUUCUGUUCCUGAUAAAAUUACCGUAGAAUUGAUUAUUGUUAACAUGUGUUUAAGAUAUGAUGUUAUUCGAGACAUUCUUAGAUUUUCCAUUUUAGGGAUAUUGAUUAUAUCGCAAUGUACUUGAAGCUGUUAGCCUUCAUUAGUUAUUUAAAUUGAGCAUUUCUGAAAUAAGAUUGAAAAUCACACUUUAUUUAUCAGCUUUUAGGGAAAUAUAAUAUUAUAUCGUAUUGCAGGCUUGGAGUGGUUAAGUGUUGACACGACACGUAAUAUGAAAUAAUAUAAAAUAUUCACAUUUCACAAUAGGUUAUAAUUUUACAUAAUUUUUGUUACUGACUACACUUUGAUAUGCCAUAUUGUAUUUAUAUAAUUGAAUAGCUAUUAGAGACGAGGCCAACUUACCCAUCAGUAUAGCGGAGAAGCAGCUGAAUCUAGUAAAUAGCAUAGCAACCCAAACCUAAAUUAAAUGAUCGCCUCACUUUAAAGAAAAUUAACUGGUUCUGUCGAGGCUAACCCCAUUAAACAAAUUUGGCACACUGCCUGAAAUAUCACACUCAUGUCAAAUGUGACUUAAUAAUAAUAAUAAUAAUAAGUAGGAAUUUAUACAUCGCUUUAUAGCCAUAAAGAACUCAAAACCCAAAGAUUCAGUUCAAACCAUCUAAAGCGACUCAUGAGUAACAUGUACAUAAGAACUUAUUUUUAUGAAGUAUGGAUUUUAUGAGAGAGGUAAUACAUGAUACUUAUACAAAUACGUUUUCAAAGAGAUGAGUUUUUAGUUUCUUUUUAAAUAAGACGAUAUCAGUUAGUGUUCUCAAUUGAUAAGGAAGCUGAUUCCAAACAGAGGGUCCGCAGUAGCUGAAACUUCUCUCGGUUUUACUAUAGUUUGAAAUAGGAGGAACAUUUAGGAGGAAAUAGUCUUCUUCAGUUCUUAGUACACGUACAGGUUGACUCUUGAUGUCAAUACAUUUGGUGAUAUACUCCGGCGCUAUGUUGUUGACGCAUUUGAAUACGGUUAGAGCAAUCUUAUACUCUAUUCGUUGUCGUAUUGGAAGAAAAUGGGCUUUUUUCAGGAAUGGAGUGACACUGUCCCAUUUUUUUAUAGCUAAUAACCUGCUCACUAAGAGUUAGACUCGUUCUUUUCCGGCUUGGAAUGUUUGUCUUUGAAAUUACUUCAUAAAAUUUAGAGUAAGUAAUGAAGGAUAAGGUAACUUUAAUUUUUACAAUUCGUUUUAUUCGCAAAAUUAGCACGGGAUUUGAAUAUUUGAAUAUCGAUAUCGGUUAGCUGAAAUAUAUUAUUAUAUUCUCAAUUCUCACAUUUCCGUCACAUUGUCACAGUAGUAUUAUAGUAGUUAUUUUGAUUUUAUUUGUUAAGCUUUAUUUUAUGAUAUUUUAUUUGUUUUGAUUGAUUGUUUAGACUUUUCGUUUUUGAGUUUAUACGGUAAAU